UGACAAUUCAGACGACCACGUUGUCUGAAGUCCUUUAUCGGUCGCCUCGGCCACGCACACACGCGGUCUUUGACCUACACCAGACUAUGGAGGAACAAAGGAGGGUAGGUGUGACGUCAGCGAACGAGAUGACGUCAACAGCUCGGUAUCGGGUGCCCCAUGGGCCCAAGUACCGCAGUGCGCAGCCGUCGACCGAGGCGCACACAUCUGUCAAAUCUGUUCCCUCUGUUUACCUCGAGGUGCACCGAAGGUCCAGCCGGUUUCUACAGCUUCGCACCGUUUACCAGCUGCCAACGAGAGAUGCCGAAGGCGCGGGCCCCAUCCCGCGGUCGAGCCGCCGCCGCUGCAUCAACGCCGUCGAAUGUCGGUGGCUCGGGUCGGCGCAGCCGCGGUGUUCCCGCUGCCGCCGCACAGAGUCAGCCUCAGGUCUGUGUCGACCCGACACAGCUUCGGAACAUCAUCCAGGACGUGGUGCAGGAGGCGCUGGACGCCUCCGCCGCAUCGAGACCCGCGGCCGCUCCGGCGCCGUCCUACAGCCACAGCGUCCCGGCACCCACCGGUUCAGCGCCGUACGACCCACUAGAGUCCCCGGAGAGCAGUCCGCUCGGUAACGCACAAGUGGUCUGCGAUGGUACCGAAACGGUAUCGGCCGCCCUCCGCCAAAAAAUCGUGGAGGACCGCUUUGUUGACCUCGGCCUGCUGCUGGACCAUGCCGACGGAGCACGGGCGGAGACGAAUCAGGCGUUCCAGUUGGUGGACGGGCAACUCCGCCCGGCUUCACGAGCUCCGCGCGUCAUCACUUCUUUUGGCACGUGGUGCAUCGCAUUCCUCCGCUAUGCAGGAGUAUACGUACAAUCGCGUCCUGCCGCGGCGGCGGGCCUCAUGGCUCACAUGCGACAGGUGGGCCAGCUGACAGGCGCGGGGCUAGGGCUCGCCUGGCGCGAAUACGACGAAGCCUUCCGCAAGGCGCGUGAGGUGGCUCCCCAGUGCCAUGAGUGGGGCACAACCGCCAGCUCCUCCCCGCUUUGGCUACAGGCCGUCGCCAGGGGCAUCGGCACCGCAGCGAGAGUCGGCAAUCCCCCGGUGCGGCCUGUUGAGACCCCUAUGCGAUUUCGGCCCUGCUUCGCGUACAACACAGCUCGGGGCUGCCCUGCCCGAUCAUGCCGCUACCAACAUGCGUGCCGUACAGUGGAUCUAGUAAGGAUCUCCAGACGUAACUAGAUGGCGUUGAGCCUUAGUCGAGUCCAUGUAACAUUCA